CAGGGGGCUCUGGAUACCUGAUCCCCAGACACGUCACUUGCGCAGCAACGAUGGAUGCGGCGCUUGAGCCUGUUGCUGCUGGAUUGGACCCUGGAGCUCAUCAGCACCGUAGCGCUGGAGGAAUCGCCUCCAUGGCCCUUGGGUCAGCCAUCUGCAUGGCUUUGGGACCUUUGUGAUGGUGUUUUGGUUGGUCUGGGUCAUCCAGGUGAAGGUUCUCCACCAACUUCACUUCACAAGCUACAGCUGCCCGCAAAGAGGCAUGACUGGAGCUGGCUGCAGAUGGGCUUGGAAGAGGCUCCGAGAAGCCCAGGAAAGGUAGUUGCAACACUCCGACUGGACAGUCCGGUGCUGGUUGCUGCACAUGCCAAAGCCAACGCUCCAGUGCUCCUUGGUAGCGAUGAGCUCCGAUUUCUCACCUCGCUCUUGAGGGCUUCGGGAACAUAUCCGCUCCACCAGCAGCUCUCGGCACUGAGCCUCACAGGAAGCAGGCCCAAAGAAUGGGUACCUAUCGCCAGAGCUGCUGCAGGUGAACAGCUUUUUGCCUUCUUGGGCUUUCACAAAGGGCCGCCGCGGAUCCUGCAGUUGAAGCUUGUUGAUGAUGCCGCAAGGUCGAGCCUUCCGCAGAUGGCGGUUCUGCGGUUGGUCAUGGAUUUUUCGCCGCGGCCGCCGAUGUACCAAGUCGUUCCCUUCGAGGAGGCAAGCCAGAAGACAUGUGGUUUCUUUGCCUGGGAUGGGGAUGGAGAAAGCAGCCUUUUCGAGCUGGACUUCUCGGGCGGACCGUUGGAGCCGCCCAGCGUGCGGUGCAGCAGGUCCGCGGCACGAGCUCCCAAGAGGAACAGCAAAUGGACCAUGGGUGACUUCUGGCCAAAGUCUGCCAGAGGGAAUGGCAUCGCGUGCGCUACGCCGGAAGCGUCAGCCUUACUCACGCCCUUCUCAUUCGUGCGCUGAAA